AAUAAUACCCGUUAUGACCAUAGGUGAAGAUCUGAAAGUGACUUCGGAAGUGCACUAUAUCAAAGUAGAACCGACUUACUACUCGUCGGAUACAGAUGACGACCACAAUUAUUCUGCUGAAGUCCAAUUGACCCCUGCUGACGCCUGCUUUGAGUUGACCUACUGCGCCGCCUGCGGCAAACGCGAGCCCAUAACCGGAUCGAAGCUAAAGCAGCGUCUGACCCAGUGCGACGCGUGCCUAGCCAACCUGGAGUUCCAAUGUGCUCGUUGUUUCAAGAUUUACAAGCGCCUCAAGUCCCUGCGCUUCCAUCAACGCCACGACUGCAACAAAGAGCCGACUUUCGCCUGCGGCUGUUGCAACUACAAGACCACUCGGAAGGCUAGCCUACAGACGCACAUAAAGUGCAAGCACAGCGUCGUCAAGGCCGUGCACAAGUGCAGCAAGUGCGGCAAGUGCUACAAGCACCGGUUUCACAUGCUGGGCCACGAGAAGCACUGCGGCGAGGCCCUCAUCAAGUGCGAUUUGUGCGAGUACCGCAGCAACAGGCCGAGCAAUCUCAGGCUCCACUUUCGCAACAUACACACGGACCCCAACACCAUAGACAUGUACGAGUGCCAAAGGUGCGGAAAAGCAUACAAGCACUCCAAGAGUUAUCACAAGCACAAGCUCGUCUGCGGUCGUGAUAUCAGGUACAACUGCGCCCACUGCGACUAUUACACCGGCAGCAAGUUCACGCUUUUGGUCCAUCUCAGUCAGACUCACAGGGAGGAGGUUUUCCCACAUGGUUUGACCUUCGAAGUUCAGCCCUUACUGAAGAUUCGUGAAAUCCGCUCGCUCAGCUCGUUCGAGGAUUCUUGCUUGGAUGGCGAAAAAACUAGGAUCAGGAAGAAAAAUCCCAAGUACCUUGACUACUUCGCCGAGGACGAAACAGAGACUGAACUCGAGAUGGAAGACCAAUCAUUUGUUUCAAAUCUCAAUCAACGACAGUCAAAUCCACCAAGUUUGUACAAAUUACAAUAUAUUAUCACGCCAAAGUGGUUCACAUGA